GAUGACAACCAUCCAGCCCUCCGCAGCAACAGCAGCAGCAGCGGCAUCAGUGAAUUUAUCAUCGCGAACGCCGAGGGGAGUGAAGUGAACCGGCGGAAGGAGCGAAAGAGAGAGAGAGGAUUUACGGACCAAGCAUGGCUACCCAAACGACUGCAUCAUGCACUGGAUCCACUCUGUUGCAGCCCAUCAGCGAAAUAAUCAAUCUCCCCGUUGACCAGGUAAACUUUGUGGCGUGUCAGCUGUUCGCCCUGCUGAUGGCUGUGUGGUUUCGGCUGUACCUCCACCCCAGUAAGACCAGUCCCUUCAUCAGACACGUGGUGGCCACUCUGCUGGGCUUCUACUUGGCUCUCUUCUGCUUUGGCUGGUAUUCCCUCCAUUUUUUGGUGCAGAGCGGUCUGUCCUACAGCGUGAUGGUAUUUGUUGGCCUGGAGCACAUGCACAAGUACUGCUUCAUAGUGACGCUCGGCUACCUGAUACUAUGCCAGAUCACACGGGUCUACGUGUUUGACUACGGCAUGUACUCUGCAGAUUUCACAGGGCCCAUGAUGGUCAUAACACAGAAGAUCACCAGUUUGGCGUUUGAAAUCCACGACGGUUUGGCCAAGCGAGAGGGCCAGCUGACCCCCAGUCAGAAAUACCUCGCUAUCAGGCGGAUGCCCAGCUUGCUGGAGUACUUGAGCUACAACUGUAACUUCAUGGGCAUCCUGGCUGGGCCCACCUGCUCUUACAACGACUACAUGGCCUUCAUCGACGGGACGUGCUACCAGCCGCGCCACCAGGAGAACGCCAACGGCAAGGAGAACGGGAAGUACAAGCAGAUCGAACCCUCGUCCAAGAAUGACGUCAUCUCCAAGCUGUGCACGUGUGCCGUCUCGCUGGGCAUCUACCUGUCGCUGUGCAAGCUGCUCCCGGUGGAGCACUCCAUAAACGACGACUUUGUCAGCUCCACGCCCUUCCAUCUUCAGGUCAUCUACCUUUACCUGGCCAUGCUGGCCCUGAGGCCAAAGUACUACUUUGUCUGGACACUUGCUGAUGCCAUCAACAACGCUGCCGGAUUUGGCUUCAAUGGAUACAACAAAGAUGGCUCCCCACGGUGGGACCUGAUAUCAAAUCUCAGAAUUCUGGACAUUGAGUUUGCCACCAGUUUCAAGAUGUUCCUGGACAACUGGAACAUCCAGACGGCUCUUUGGCUCAAAAGGGUGUGCUAUGAGCGCUGUCACAUUAACCCCAUGGCUGCCACCUUCCUGCUGUCGGCCAUGUGGCACGGCGUGUAUCCUGGUUACUACCUGACCUUCCUCACUGGCAUUGCGAUGACGAUGGCUGCGCGCGCAGUAAGACAUAACAUCAGGCCGUACUUCCUGGUCUCCGACUCGCACAAGCGCAUCUAUGACGUUGUCACGUGGGCGGGGACUCAGGUUGCCAUUAGCUACACAGUGGCGCCAUUUGUCCUGCUCGCUGUGGGACGCUCACUCAAAUUCUACAGGUCCUGGUACUUCUGCCUACAUCUCCUCUGCCUGCUGGUGGUGGUGGCCCUGCCCGUCAAAUCGAGACGCCAGCAGGCCAAAGAGCCGCGGGACGGCCUCAAGGACAACCGGACGGAGCUCGACAGCACGGACAACAACUGCAACCAAAAAGACAAGGCCACAUGAGGCUCUGGACAGCGACACACAAAGUCCCUUCAGCGUCAGGAACACUCGAGACAAGCUAAAAACCACGGAGAGCUGGAGACGCGGCGAGUCUUAUUCACCCGACAGAGAACCAAAUAUCGGAUGCUCCGAGAAUUCUAACCGACAGAAAAACACGAGUCGACUUUCUGUCAAAACUUCCAGUAGCAGGGAUGACAGCAAUCACAGUUUCCGACGCGGAUAAGAGACCAGGGUGUAACAACGGCCAUAGUGUAAACAAACAAACAAACAAACAAACAAACAGACGAGCGAUGGUGGUUACUUUCCAUUGCAGCGGUGGAGAACGAAGACUUCCAAGCUGCCUUAAACCCUCCACGUACUCGGCGGGUGAAAUGACAGACGGACGGCACGCUGCGAGAAGCUAUUUGCGGUGUCAGAUGAGACGCGCAGUAGGUGGAGGGUUUUUGUCAUUUGUCUGGAUACAGACUUCUGUUUUAGGUGGGAGUGGAAAAUGGUUUCAUGUAAAAGAAACAUUACUUUGUCAUCAGCUGCCAAUUUCAAACAAGCCUUAGGAUCCUCAAAACGUUGUUUGAUUUCUAUGUCUUUUUAAAAAUCUUUAUCGGAGAAGACUUCACAUUGUACGUGUUUUGUAUUUAGAUGUUUGUGACAACACUAUUUCAGAUCCAUUUCCACUGCUUUAUUAUUUUUUUUCUGGGAUGAACUGAAUGACAUAAGUAAUCCCAAAGAUUAGUUCAGAUCUCGUCCAUCUCCAGCAGUGAAAUGUCUAAAAGAGGCACUCAAGAGUUACUAAAUGGAUUUCAUAUCUGCUGCUUUUUUGACCAACACGACUCGUCAGUCAAACGUGUUUUUUUUAAAGGGACUUCAUUUACACUGUUGUGAUUUCAAUUUAUUUCCUUAAGGAUUUCUGACCUGGUUUCAGGUGUGUGGUUUGUUUGUUGUUUGACCUUUUUGUUCAAAUGUCGUGCCUCUGUAAUACAAGUAUCCAAAACGAUUUAAUGCAAGUCCAAAUUGGGUAAAUGCAGUGGAUUGUUAACAUCCCUGUGGAACUCACUGUUGCAAAGUAUUUUUCAUUGUCUUAACUCCUACAAAUCUAGUCAUAUUGCCAUCCCCCCCCCUAAAGGUCACACGGUUAAAUGGAAUGUUAAAGAAAAAGUUUCCAAAUUAAUGCACAGUGCACUAAAAGCUCAUUGUAGUCAGGCUGCAAAAUAUUUAAGUGGAAUUUUGUAAUUUAUUUGGUUAUUUAUGUAUGCAAAAUAAUGAUAAUGUGAAGAAAUUCACCGACCUAGACCAGCCGUUGUGGUGAAUGGUCUUAGUUCAUAUUGUGUGCACUUCUGUUUGAAUAGGGGAUAUUUCAGGGUGCAUUUAUUGUAGGGGGGGAGGCACUGGUUCCACGCGGGUUUUUGGUUCACGGCCUUAAGUCUUUCAAAUCACCCACUUUACUCUUUAUAACACGCAGCAGUUCGAACAGCCACCCAUGGGAUUAAGUAUCAUUACACCUUUCUUUAAUUUUAUUGAAGGAAAUGCAAAGGAAACCACCUGAAAGGCCCCCCACUGUUAUCUGUUAUCUGUUGUCAGGGCAAUUCAAACCCACAAUAUCAUAAACACUUUUGUCGUACAUUUUGAUUUCAUCCAAUCGUCAUUAAUUUGAGUUGGUUUGGUGCGUUUCUGUUACAUAAAAUAAUAACAAAGGGGCUGAGUGAAGCUUUUUGUCCAUUCAUUUUUAAUAUUUUCUAACAUUUGCAUAUUCCUGCCAUAAGUAAGUAAGUAAGUGUGUGUGUGUGUGUGUGUGUGUGUACCAGUAUUCCUAUGAUCUGAACAUGUCAGCGUGGUCUCAUGUAAAGUAUAUUUGUAGCCAGGGCCUCGUAUAGGCCAGUAUGGCCCACCGAAGGGAAACGGAUGUCAUUCUACAAACAGAGCGAUUAUUGCACUGCAUGGCCGACCAAACCAGCAGAUCAAUGCAAACGGCUCCACGUGUCCAAAGUGCCAAACCAUGAGUGGCGCAUCUUUAGAGUGUGUGUGCAAACCAUGAGUGGCGCAUCUUUAGAGUGUGUGUGUGUGUGUGUGUGUGUGUGUGUGUGUGUGCGUGUGCGCGCAAAUGUGUCCAUGGUGUGUGUGCCCGCGCGCCUGUGUAACAUAACGGUUAUUUUUCUGUCAGAAGGAAAUUUAUUGAAAUAUUUGUAUAACAGUCCAUUAAAAUCCUGAUUUAUGUCGCAAAAUAAAGAGAAAUUAUUUUUAAACACUAAAA